AUGGACAACUCGGCGGAGGUGAAGCUGGUGGACGAGAUCGCGGGAGAGGGAGGGGCGGAGGGGGACUGGGGCUACCUGGGCUCCGACGGGAUGGGCUCCGGCUCCUACCCGGGGUACCCCUUCCCCAGGGACGUCCUCUCCACGCCGACCUCUGCGUCGCUGCUCCUCUCCAUGGACCCCGCCGCGCUCUUCGACUUCAACAGCACCUUCCCGCCCUCCUCCUCCGCCGCCGCCACCGCCGGCUCCGCGCUGCCCGCCUUCCACGACUUCAGCUGCGUCAACCCCUUCGACGACGCCGGCCACUUCCUCGGCGGUCCCCCGCCGCUGCCGGCGGCGGCGGCGGCACAGCAGCAGGGGCAGAAAGGUGGGUUCUUUGCGCCGCCGCCGGGCUCGGACUUCAACGACACCGGGAUGAGCUGGGACGACGAGGACGAGAUCGACCAAAGCAUCGACGCCUCCUCCAUGGCCAUCUCGGCCUCCAUGGAGAAUGCUGCGGGCGCGGCGGCGGGGGGAAGUGGCGCCGGCGGUGGCAGCGGGAGAGGCAAGAAGAAAGGGAUGCCGGCCAAGAACCUCAUGGCCGAGCGCCGCCGUCGCAAGAAGCUCAAUGACCGCCUCUACAUGCUGCGCUCGGUGGUGCCCAAGAUCAGCAAGAUGGAUAGAGCUUCUAUCCUUGGUGAUGCAAUUGAGUAUCUGAAGGAGCUUCUGCAAAGGAUCAGCGAUCUUCACAAUGAACUCGAGUCGUUAGCUUCAAGCUCUUCGUUUGUUGGACCAACAUCAGCUAGCUUCAACACAUCAACACCAACAUUGCAGACAUUUCCUGGCCAAGUCAAGGAAGAACUUUGCCCAGGCUCAUUCCCUAGCCCUACUGGACAACAAGCCACGGUUGAAGUCAGGAUGAGGGAAGGGCAUGCAGUCAAUAUCCACAUGUUCUGUGCGCGUAGGCCAGGCAUCCUGCUGUCCACAAUGACGGCCCUCGACAGCCUAGGCCUCGACAUCGAGCAGGCGGUCAUCAGCUGCCUCAAUGGCUUUGCAAUGGAUGUCUUCCGAGCUGAGCAGUGCGCGGAUGGUCCUGGAAUGGUGCCUGAAGAAAUUAAGGCCGUGCUGAUGCACACUGCCGGUCUCCACAACGCAAUGUAG